GUCAACGAGCAGGAUGUUAUCACGCAGCUGUUUCGGUUUGACGCGUUUAUGCGAACAGGUCGUCAGAGCUGAGGAGAAAGUAGAGACGCGAGUCACCUUUCUCAGGAGGUCCUAACCGAGAUUUUUGCGGAACUCUCCAGAAUGGACAUUGCACUUUUGAAAGAAGAGUACAACUGUAAUAAACGGAAGCAAAUGCUCCAAACACGCGUUGUUUUAUUUAAAAAAGCAGUUGAAAUGGCAGAAGAACAUAUCCAGGCAAAGCUGAAAACACUUCUAAAACAACAAAAGAUUCAACUUUGGAAUCCCCCCUUCACAACGGACUACGAGGCAGGACAGCAGUCUAUGAAGGAACUUGCAAGCACAUAUGCUUCCCUCCUGGGUUUUUCUGUCUCUGAUGUGGAGAGUGCUUUGGUGUCAGUCCGGUCCCAGGCUGUCAAGAGAGGAGCGGGUAAUAACGCCUACAAAGAAACAUGCGUGGCUACACUGGAGCUCAAUCUUCCCAAGGUCUUCAGAAAGGAUACAAAGAGAAAUAAUUACUUGGAGACCAAACUGGAUAUUACCGUAAAAGAAGUGAUGAAUGAGAUAUAUGAAAAAUAUGGACUCAAAUAUAUCAAGUUAAUUUUGAAUGGCAAGAUACUGAACCCAGAUAAAAGACUUGAUGAGCAGAAUGUGAAGCACAAUGACAUGGUGAUGGUCCUGAAGGUGAGUGAGCCGGAGAGAAAACAAUUGAUGAAGGAGGAAGAGGAGAAGAAAAGGUCUCAGAAUGAGAGUGUGAAGAGAACUGAGAAGGGGUUCCAGAUUCUGUCAGAGAGAGAUGGAAGCGAUGACCCAGAAACCACUCCAUUUUUGGAAAUCGCCGACCAGAAAGGCAACCCCCUCAAAAUCCCAUCCAGUGAGAAAAAGGCUCUGAUCUUGGCCAUGGGCUUUCACGAGAAAGGCAGAGCGUUAAUGAAGAGGAAGGAGUACGAUGUGGCACUGUGUCAUUUGCUGGAAGCCAAUGAUCAGUUUGGUAAGUGUGACUCCACGCUGCUCAACACAGUGGAUAAUUAUGCAGUGCUGCAGCUGGACAUCGUGUGGUGCUACCGAGCGCUCGAGGCCCUUUCCUGCCUGGAUGACGGCAAGCAGAGGCUGCAGAAAGCUGAGCAGUGCUUCCUCAAGUGCUACGGAGAGCAGCACGAGAGGCUCCGGCUAAUCAAGGGGAACACUGGAUGCGAAGAAGUGCUUUUCCUGAGACUCUACCUGCUACAGAGUUUGCUGUCAUACCUGGACGGCAAGGAGAAACAAGCAGCUCAGACAUUAACAAAGGCGGAGGAUCUGUACCAUAGGCUCUGCUUGGACCCCGGUAAGAUGACGCAGCUGAUGAGCCUGGGGUACACGGAGCAGGAGGCACGCCUGGGCCUGCGGGCCUGCCAUGGGAACAUGGACGACGCCGUCCUGCACAUCAAUCAGAGGAGAAUGGAAAAGGAGGAGAUGAAACAGAGGGAGAGAGAAAAGAGGAGACGGCGCCUAGAGGCCAUCGACACCCUCGUGCAGCUGGGCUACUCCAAGAAAGACGCUGCCAAAGCGCUCAACCAGACCGACGGAGACAUGGACAGGGCAUUUGUGAUUCUUCUAGAUACCUGCCGGCCCUCCGUGGCCACCAGCAACAACUCUGGGACUGCCGACUCUGACCCCGACAGGGAAGCCAAAAUUCUGCAGGUACGAGGUGGCUGCGUUCAUACGGAGGUCGUUGAAGCUGCUCUCAGACAGACCAGGGGCAACGUCCAGCUAGCCUCCCAGGUGAUACUGAACCAGGGAUCCCUGCCUCCAGAGCUCCUCUCCCCCUCCCCCCCGUCCUCCCUGUCCGAGGAGCCCAGCACCUCCUCAGAGUCCGCAGGCUCCGGGGGGAGCACAGAGGAGGACCCCUUGGAUGUAGACCUGGUGAAAAAAGUUCUGGAAGACAUCCCCAAACACGAGGAAGACUACCUGGACCUCACUCUGGAGGAGGAGAGCGAAGUCAUCGCUCAGAUGAAGUCGUACCUCGAGCUUUAUUACGCGUCAUCCAGCUAAAUAUCGCCCAGUCCUUUUCAAAUGUACCGGCUUGUCAAACUCUGUUCUCAUCAGAUGGUAUCAUAUGUGGAUUUGGCUUAAUUGACACAUUUAAUUAUCAGUUAUUUAAGUAUUAUAAAUGCUUUCUAGACAGCAAUUGUCUGGAUCUUGAUGUGUAAAUAAAUCUGGAUCUUAGGGCAUAAAUAAUAAACCAUAGAUUUGUUAGCAAAAACAGACUAACAAAUAAAUCUCACUCUCCUGGAA